AACUCAGGCAUUUGCAUGUGUACACACACACACAUACACACACACACACAUACACACACACAGUGUCCACUGUUGAAAUUGAAACAAAAAACGGUGUUCUCAUGCCCCGCUUCUUCCUCUGCAGGCGUAUUGGUUCAGAAGGUGAAGGUGGAUCCGGAAGUGGUGUCCUAUCCGGGUCAGACAGUGAUCCUGUGCUGCCAGUUUCCUGACAAAGGCCAGACCCAUCUCACUCAGGUGUCCUGGAUUUUAGAAAAUAGCUCUGCCACUCGGACCAACAUUGCAGUGUUUCAUCCAACUUUAGGGGUCAGUUACCCAGCAUCCCCAGUGCAGGGGCGUGUGAGUUUCACAAAAGAACCCCCUCCUCUGGAACAUCCAACUAUCCAGAUCACAGACAUUGCUCUGACAGAUGAGGGGAAUUACGUCUGCGAGUACACCACAUACCCGACCGGAAACGAAAAUGGGGUAACCGCCCUCGUCAUACUAGCCAAGCCCCAGAACACGGCUUCUACCAUCACCGUUCCCGCCGGCACUUCUCCCGUCUCCGUAGCGCAAUGUGUGUCGGCCAACGGACGACCACCGGCAACCCUCACCUGGGUGACUAAUCUGAGCGGCAACGGGACAGGACUGGUCCAGACGAGCAACUCGGACAACACGGUGACGGUGCGCAGCGAGUACCUUUUCACGCCCACGGCGGCCGAUAAUGGCAAGGAGAUCACCUGCGUGGUGUCACAUCGCACACUGACCAAAGCUGAGAACUUCCCCAUGAAACUGGUGGUCCAAUAUCCUCCUCAGGUGCAGAUUGUAGGAUAUGACAAUAACUGGUAUGUAGGCCGUACAGACGUGGUGCUGACCUGCCAAUAUCAGGGGAACCCCAGUCCUCCCACUGUAAACUGGAAGAUGAGCUCAGGCUGUAUGCCAGACUCGGUGGAGAUGGCCCAGAACAAACUAACCGUACGAAAGGUGGACGACUCUGUAAAUACCACGUUUAUCUGCGAGGUGACAAACAGCCUUGGCAUCGGCAAGGACCAGGUCACUGUGUUCGUCAGGGGCGUAUUGGUUCAGAAGGUGAAGGUGGAUCCGGAAGUGGUGUCCUAUCCGGGUCAGACAGUGAUCCUGUGCUGCCAGUUUCCUGACAAAGGCCAGACCCAGCUCACUCAGGUGUCCUGGAUUUUAGAAAAUAGCUCUGCCACUCGGACCAACAUUGCAGUGUUUCAUCCAACUUUAGGGGUCAGUUACCCAGCAUCCCCAGUGCAGGGGCGUGUGAAUUUCACAAUAGAACCCCCCCCUCUGGAACAUCCAACUAUCCAGAUCACAGACAUUGCUCUGACAGAUGAGGGGAAUUACGUCUGCGAGUACACCACACACCCGACUGGAAACGAAAAUGGGGUAACCGCCCUCGUCAUACUAGCCAAGCCCCAGAACACGGCUUCCACCAUCACCGUUCCCGCCGGCACUUCUCCCGUCUCCGUAGCGCAAUGUGUGUUGGCCAACGGACGACCACCGGCAACCCUCACCUGGGUGACUAAUCUGAGCGGCAACGGGACAGGACUGGUCCAGACGAGCAACUCGGACAACACGGUGACGGUGCGCAUCGAGUACCUUUUCACGCCCACGGCGGCCGAUAAUGGCAAGGAGAUCACCUGCGUGGUGUCACAUCGCACACUGGCCAAAGCUGAGAACUUCCCCAUGAAACUGGUGGUCCAAUAUCCUCCUCAGGUGCAGAUUGUAGGAUAUGACAAUAACUGGUAUGUAGGCCGUACAGACGUGGUGCUGACCUGCCAAUAUCAGGGGAACCCCAGUCCUCCCACUGUAAACUGGAAGAUGAGCUCAGGCUUUAUGCCAGACUCGGUGGAGAUGGCCCAGAACAAACUAACCGUACGGAAGGUGGACGACUCUGUAAAUACCACGUUUAUCUGCGAGGUGACAAACAGCCUCGGCAUCGGCAAGGACCAGGUCACUGUGUUCGUCAGGGUAGGAAGAAGAGAAACUUCAACAAACUCUCCACCUGCAUCAUCAACAGUAAAACAAGUUUUCAUCAUUCUGGCGGUUUUAUUGUUGGUGAUACCCGGCGUAGUGGCAUUUAUUUGUUGGAGACGCACAGGAGGAAGAUGUGGAGAGAACGUGAUUACUGAAGGACGUCCGGACUGUAAGAGAAAGCGGAAGGAUCAGACUGAACCUGAUGUUACUUACUCUACUGUAACCCACGUGAACACAGCCGGAGCAGCACGGGUCCAGAUCAACGCUGGAGACAAAACUGAAUAUGCCAGCGUUAUAACAAACUAAUCCUUCAGUAUAUAUAUACAUAGAUACACUCUCAGAUAUUAUAUAAUAAUAAUAAUGAAAACAUUUAUUAAAUACACACCAUGGUAAGCAUGUUUUUCCCCAAAUUGUUGUUUUUCAUGUUUUUCUUUGUUUUUUUCAAGUAAAUAGCAGAUUCAGCUAUAUGAAUGUAAAGGGGAAAGGGGGCGGGAUUUCCAGAGUAUUGCAUUACAUUUAUUUAUGUUAGCUAAGGGUAUUGUUCCUCAUUUACUUUGUGUGUUAAUCAUUAACAAUUGCUGAUGGAUAAUCUUGCAGAAGUAUUUAGAGCGUACGCAUCAUCUUAUAUCUUAUGUGUUCAUUUCUUAUUCUGAUAUAAGAAUGACAUGUAGAAGGCUUUUAUCAUCAUCCUGUUUCGUGUAAGAAGACUCCUAUAUCUGUUCUUGUUUGUGACUUUUAAAGUCUGCUGAGUUCGGGUAAAAAUAAAAGAAUGAGAAUCGA